AUGGCCUCUCGUCGCGGCGUCGGCCUCGGUGCCUUUGCAAACCGCACACAGGCCAGCCAGUCAUAUGCAAACCAUGGCGCAACUCUACGCUCAACACACACCUCCUCGCUCCAAACCCAGCUCUCCGUCUUCCAGUCCCUCCUCCACACCUUCGCGCUCGAACACAGCUCGACCAUCAAAUCGAACCCAACGUUUCGCGCUGAGUUCGCUCGCAUGUGCAAUGCUAUCGGAGUCGACCCGCUCGCAGCCAGCAAUGUCAAAGGCAAGGGACGAAAGGGCCCAGGCGAUACCGGCAGCUUCUGGACGCAGAUUAUGGGCGGGGACAUGAACGACUUUUACUUUGAGGUUGCGGUUCGAGUGGUUGAGCUUUGUCGCGAGACGCGGAGUGAGAAUGGAGGGCUAUUAGGUGUGGAAGAAUGUCGGAAACGCGUGGGCAAGGGGAAGGCCAUUGGGAGUGGACUUGAAGUCACGGACGACGAUGUCCUCCGCGCCGUAAAGUCCCUCGAACCCUUAGGCUCCGGUUUCUCUAUUAUCCUCGUCGGCUGUAAACAGUACAUUCGCUCGAUCCCGAAGGAGCUGAAUACCGAUCAAUCUACCGUUCUCGAGGUUAUACAGAUACUAGGCUACGUGAGCGUGUCGAUGCUGCAGCUAAACCUAAAGUGGGAGAAAGCGCGUGCGCAGACAGUCCUCGACGAUCUUCUGGCCGAUGGCCUGGUCUGGGUGGACCUUCAGUGUCCAGAGAAGGAGUACUGGUCUCCUCAGGGCCUUCUUGGAGAUGACGAUGACGGCUGA